UAACUGCACUCACUCAUGACUGCUCAGAUUACAUCUGUGCUGCUCAGGCUACUUUUGGGAAAAUUACAUUUUUUUUGCAUUUUAUCACAUUAUCGCUUAAAAUGAGCCAGUCUGAACCGACACCUGAUCUGCGGUCACGUUGAGGAGAUCUUUUUGUUCAUGGAUUAUUGAGGAGACGAUCAAAAACGAUGGAGAACAUCCCGAAUACCAGCUCACAUGUUGGACAAGGCAUCUCAACUGUGGGCAACGCAUGCGGAAUAGACUUCAAGCAAGACAGCGUCUUCCUUCCCGUCCUGUAUGGCAUCUUCUUCAUCAUCGGCACACCACUGAACCUGGUGGCUCUUUUCGGCCUAUACCGGCUGGUCAAAGCGGAGAACGUUCUACCGGUUUAUGUCAUUAACCUGCUACUUGCCGAUCUCAUCCAGCUUCUGACCCUCCCCCUCUGGAUGGACUAUUACGCCAAUGAACACAAUUGGCGCUUUGGGCCUCGUUCAUGUCAGUUUAUGGGCAUGUUCUUCUACAUCAGCGUCUACGCCGGGAUCUUCUUCAUGUGCAUCAUUGCGCUGGAGCGUCACAUGGCCAUAGUCAGGCCUCUGAAUUUCCAGAAUUUCCGAAAGCUGAGGUGGGCCUGCUUUAUAGCGCUUGGCGUUUGGGUUCUAAUCGCCGUGCCGCCCUCGGUGGCCUUCGACAAACUCUUCCCCAAGCAGAAUUACACCCUGUGUAUUGAGAAGUAUCCUUCAGAGGGCAAUUUCAUCACCUACAGGCUGAUUACUUUACUCCUGUCCUUCAUCGUACCCCUCAGUUUCAUCGCCCUGCUCCACCGAAAGACCCUUCGGUCGCUGAUGGCAAUCAACUCCCUUUUGUCCGAGGAAAAGAGGCGUAUCAGAGCGAUGCUGACCCUCCUGGUGGCUAUAUUUGUCAUGGUGCUGGGACCCUAUCAUUUCAUCGGAUGCGUGAAGUACCUCGGGCUGCUGAUCCACAGCCAAGUGUGCGAGUGGGAGAAGGCCAUGUUUGUCCCUUAUCAGCUGGGGAGAGGCUUGCUAAGCCUCAACAGCCUGCUUGAUCCCGUGCUCUAUAUCUUCCUGCGGAGUGAUAUCCGGGCACUGGCAGGACGCUACUUACCUUGCUUGAGCACAGCGAGGGGCAUCAGUCAGAAGUCAUCAAGUGGGAUGUCAGAGAGACCAACAAACUCCACUGAAGACUGAGGACAGGGCUGGGAACACCUUGAAUGGUGCAUAUUAGCAUUGUUUUUUUUAGCAACAGUUUUUCUUUUAUACUUAUCAUUCUACCAAACUGGUUCAACAGCAGACCUGAAAACACAUUUUGGACUUUUAACUGACUCGGACUUUUGACUAAAACCCUUUUGGGGUGGAUUUUAAAAUAAAACAUACACUCAAAGAACCGUUUGCAUGCUAAAAUAGUUCUUUGCAUGGUCCAAUUGUUAUUUAGAUUGCCUGAGAAGGUGAUGGAACCUUUUAGAAAAAGUUGCAUAGAGCACCAAAAGGAGUUCUGGUAUUUUUAAGAUGUCAGGUUUGAACCUGUUUAGGUAAUAUAAACCAACCUCCAUCAAUCCAAAGAGCCACUUCAACAUGCAAAGAGCCAUUUAAGCAUGUAAUGCUUCUUUAAGUGCUCCUGGUUCUUGAUAGAACCACUGUCUCUACUGAAGAACCCAUGAAGAACCAUCCUUUUAGCAUGCAUUUAAUGGGAAACCUUACUACAAUCAUAUGAACAGCAUGAUCAGUAUUAGCCACAUUAGCAUUCCUAGCAACUUUAGCAUGUGUAGUCUUUUAUUUAAAUGGGUGAUACUUCAGAGAUCAAGGCUUGAGCAAUGAUCUAUGGUGAGAAGUACAUUACGAACAAGAUCUGUACAUGAUGAAGUCCAGAAGUGGUUUCCUGAAUAAAUGAAACCUGGUCUUGGAUGAAAUUAGACUGCCAGUGAAAAUUCUCUGUUUAAGACUGGCUAAUGCUGCCCAUGCUUAAUCUGUUUCCUGACCACAAGCUCUACAUGUUCAAUAGCACUGAAAGAAAAAGCUGGAAGAAAGUUAAAAUGUGCUUAUGGUUAUUCUUUUAAAUGAGGGCCAGUCUCCCCUUUAAUCUGACAUCAAUAGCUUAUUCUUAAAAAAAUCUAAUGCCUUUGCUUAUUUUUCUGCGUGUAAAGAAACCAUCGUUAUCUUGCCGAUGAAGCAUUUAAGGGCUUGAAACUAUGGUUGAGGAUGUGUGAGGCUUUCAAAGCGUACUUUUUACAUAAAUAAAUAGGCUUGCUUUCA